GGCGGCGGCGGCGGCGGCGGCGGCGGAGUGGGGAGGCGGCGGCCUGGCUCGGCCUGGCCUGGCCUGUCAGGGCGCGGGCGGCGGCGGCUCCAGCACCAUGUCCCUGCAAUACGCGGCGGAGGAGACGCCCCUCGCCGGCAGUUUUGGCGCGGCGGACUCGUUCCCAAAGGACUUCGGCUACGGCGUGGAGGAGGAGGAAGAGGAGGCGGCAGCCGCGGGCGGCGGGGUUGGGGCGGGGGCCGGCGGAGGCUGUGGCCCGGGUGGCGCUGACAGCUCCAAGCCGAGGAUUCUGCUCAUGGGGCUCCGGCGCAGUGGCAAGUCCUCCAUCCAGAAGGUGGUGUUUCAUAAAAUGUCACCCAAUGAGACCCUCUUUUUGGAAAGUACCAACAAGAUUUACAAAGAUGACAUUUCUAAUAGCUCCUUUGUGAAUUUCCAAAUAUGGGAUUUUCCUGGGCAAAUGGACUUUUUUGACCCAACUUUUGACUACGAGAUGAUCUUCAGGGGAACAGGAGCAUUGAUAUAUGUCAUUGAUGCACAGGAUGACUACAUGGAGGCUUUAACAAGACUUCACAUUACUGUUUCUAAAGCCUACAAAGUUAACCCAGACAUGAAUUUUGAGGUUUUUAUUCACAAAGUUGAUGGUCUGUCUGAUGAUCACAAAAUAGAAACACAGAGAGACAUUCAUCAAAGGGCCAAUGAUGACCUUGCAGAUGCUGGGCUAGAAAAACUCCACCUUAGGCAGUUUUGGGAGCUUGAUGUUAUUGAGAAGUUCCUUUACCCGCUUUCUGCAUUUUCCCAGAGAUUGAAGUCACGUGAAGUGUGUUUCUGUAGCUUUUAUUUGACUAGUAUCUAUGACCAUUCAAUAUUUGAAGCCUUUAGUAAGGUGGUGCAGAAACUUAUCCCACAACUACCGACCUUGGAAAACCUAUUAAAUAUCUUUAUAUCAAAUUCAGGUAUUGAAAAAGCUUUUCUCUUCGAUGUUGUCAGCAAAAUCUACAUUGCAACAGACAGUUCUCCUGUGGAUAUGCAGUCGUAUGAGCUUUGCUGUGACAUGAUCGAUGUUGUAAUUGAUGUGUCUUGUAUAUAUGGGUUAAAAGAAGAUGGAAGUGGAAGUGCUUAUGACAAAGAGUCUAUGGCUAUCAUCAAGCUGAAUAACACAACUGUCCUGUAUUUAAAGGAGGUGACUAAAUUUUUGGCACUGGUCUGCAUCCUUAGGGAAGAAAGUUUUGAACGAAAAGGUUUAAUAGACUACAAUUUCCAUUGUUUCCGAAAAGCUAUUCAUGAGGUUUUUGAGGUGGGUGUGACGUCUCACAGGAGCUGUGGCCACCAGACCAGUGCCCCCAGCCUGAAAGCAUUGACACACAAUGGCACACCGCGAAAUGCCAUCUAGCCUGAAUGCCAGUGGUUGGGGCUCUGUGCCAGCUUAUUCUUCACUCCAGGGUCAGAUGCCACGUGCUACAGGACAUGAGAGUUGCCGUUUGUGGGAAUCUGAUGCCUGUCCCACUAGAGACAAGGGGUAGAGUUUCUCAUUUGGAUGAAAACCCCUUCAGCCAGUGGUGUGCAACUGAAGCCACUAUUUCUUUUUUUUAAAAAAAGGCAAAAUAUUCUAGAGACCACAGAACUGAAGUGUCUUUCUCCUCUUGGGUAUCCUACUUUAAGUAGUUGGGAUAUUUUGGACCUGGAGAUAACACCACUUACCCAUCCUUACCAGAGAAUGUUGCCAUCAAUUACCAGUUGAAAAUAAUAGAAAGAACUGUGUUUUUAUAUGCUUCGCUUAGAUUUUCAUUUGAGUAGUUUCUAAAAAUCCUGCCUUGCUUAAGUUCUAACACUGCCUCUCAGAUUUCAGUUUUGGACCUUGCACACCUCAGACCUUCUAAACGCAUUUGCUUGCUAACUCAGAAGACACAUGGUCUGACUGCAGCAAAGGACAUUCCUGUAUUUGUUUCUGAAGCAGUGAGAAAAUUUUAUGCUGCAUCAAGUUAAGAGCAAGGCUCAACAGUGGCUGCUGCAUUAGUUCCCUUGGAAGUGUUGAACAAACUUUAAAACAGAAGAGAAUUUUUGCACCUGUGUUUUGGUACCAGCUAUCCGGGUUCUUUCUCCUACAUUAAUAAAUGAUUCUGAUCACUGUAACAAAGGGAAUUAAAAAAAAAUUGUUUUACCCACAAUCUCUUCCUUUUGGGAGAGAAACUCAUUAUGUCAUUGAAUUAUUUAGCUCACUUUUCUUUAAACUUGAUACCAGCCCCACAUACCUUUUAUUCUGAGCUGUUGAGAGUCUUUAAGAAUUGCUGUUUUGUUGACCCUGAAUGACCGUAAGGCGCUGGUGGACUGUCCACUGGGAGUUCAAGAGAGCACGUGGCACCGCGAUGUGUGUCGUUAAAUGUGCUUCGUCUCCAGUAUUCUGAUGCCAAGUGUCAACUGUGGUACUUUCUUCACUUGGAUAUUAAUUCAUAAUUGUUUCUUUUUGUUGAAGGUUGAUACCCUUUCCAUUGACUUAAACUUCCAUGUUAUUUUUACUCCACGUGCCCAGUAGUCAUAUAUUCCAAAUUUACUGGACCACUUGAGUACAUAAGUGCCACUGUUUAAUGAAAUAUGUAUAUUCAGGUCUGUAAACCUAACUGUGGCUUGGAGUGCUUCCUGCAGACGAUUCUGACUGUUGAGUAUUUACAUGGACCAUGGUGAUAUCCAAAAGAAAAAUGCUUUUAUAUUUAUAGAUUAUUUCAUUGAACUAUAUAAAAUGGGUAUCAAUAAAUGUAUUUACUCCAGAAUCAGUUUUUUAUUUGCUUAAGAUGUAGAAGGUUGGGGUGAUGGAACGUUGGCUCUUCCCACUCUGUCAUUUUAUUAUCCGUUUCUUCUUUGGCUGUCUCAUGUGGUUAAAAUGCCUUACGUUUCAGGACUUCAGGUUCUGUCCUGUUGCAAGAAUUUCGUGCCUUGUGUCCAGGAUCUCUCCUGGCCCAUUUCUGUUUGGGGUAGGAGGUUUAGGCCCAGGUAAAAAUGGUGUUUCAUACCAACAGAUCUCACUCAUGGUGUGGAGUAUCCAGGGCCUGGCAUAAUUGAUGUAUGAUGUCCAAACCAGGUAGUGGGUAAGGGGAUGGAUGAGGAGAACACAGAAUACAAAAUUUGUACCGAUUCCAGAUUGGUUUUCAUGUCUUUCAGUUUCUGAGAUGCUCAUUAUUGACUCUUAAAUGUCAGUUCUGCUUAUAUGGUUAGGUUGGGUCUCGAUUGCUUGAAAUAAAGUAUACAUUAGUUUAUAGAAAGGAGGGAGGUAGAUAGAGGUUGAAAGAUCUUUAAUUUCAUGAUUGGAUUACUUUAAUUUGAAAACAAAUGUAAAUCACAAAAACAUUUUAAAAAAAGUUUAAAUUACUAUCUAAUCCUGUAUCCUUUAUGAAAUUAUGGGGACUGAAGUCCAGAGGGGUAAAGAGUCUUGUCUAGUGUCAUAGAUGGGAUGAACAUGUAACUUAAACUCCAAAUCAGGAUCCUGUUGAGAGUGGAAGGGAUGCCAUUAAUGAUUAUGCCAGAGCAGUGGGUGUAAACUGUACUGUUCUGGGUAAAGCAGGUGGUGACCCAGUCAUAGCUCUAGUGAGUGGUGAAGCAGGGGCCUUUGCUGCAGACCUGGCAGCCCAGUGCUGUCUGCCUUCAUCUCCAGCCUCAGGCUCCCAUUGGCUCAAUGGAGAUGAUGCCUCAAGGUGAGUGUACCAUGGCCAUAGGUGCCCAAGAAAUACUUUUUCCUAGUACUGUGGGAAGCUGUAAAUUCAGGGAGUGAUUAAGGAGAACAGGUGAAAAAUGAUGAAGUAGAAAUAAAGUGAAUGAGGAAACAAUUCAGGAAAAAGGAAACAGAAAAAUCGGAAAACUGUCAAGAAGGGUUGCCUGAAAUGUUUUGCAUCUCGAUGGAUGUUUAUCUGCACCAGGCUACGCCAGAGAGCUGGGCGAGAUGGUGAAAUAAAACCUUUAAAAUCUUUUGCAGCAGGGUGUUUGAGCUCUUUCACAUUCCACUACUUCUCCU